AAACUGCUGGGUGUACGGUGGAUGAUCUAUUGAGCGAGCUUGAGGUGGAGCCAAGAGCAAACUGUGUCUUGGCAGUAGGUCCUCUUUCGUUUCUCCCUCUCUGUCUACCUCUAUGUCUUCUUUCUUUCUUUCUUCCUGUUUCUCCCCCAUACGUAGCGGUCCUAAUGCUCAGUGAUACUACACACAUGACCGGGGGAGAAACCUAUAUCAGGAAAGGUGAUGGCAGUGCAGCAAAGGUUGAGGGACCUUCCCUGGGACAUUGUUUUAUGCUUCAAGGAGGCCAAGUCGAACACCUAGCCGCUCGAGCCUUUGGAACGGCCGAGCGGAUCACAACCAUAACUUCAUACCGCGCAGCUAUACCUGGUUUCUACGACGAUAGUUAUAUCUCAAAUGUGCGAUCAUAUUGCGAUCUCCCCGAACUGUAUACCGAGUGGACCAACUACCGACUCGAGAGAUUGAAGCAGGAAAUCGAGCAUAUGCAGAUUACCAUCAUCCAACACAUUGGUCGAGAUCAAGAUAGCUUUCCCUUGAAUGAGGUGUAUCACUUUGCUGAACAGCAGAUAUCGUACCUUAAGCGUAGCGUCCGCCAGAUGGUGGAUCAGACGCUUUGUGCAGAGGUCAGGCGACAUUUCGAUGGUCAGGAGAUCAAUGCUGUCGGUGAGAAAUGGGCUCGUAUUCGUCUCCAUCAGCAAUUUAAGGAUCUGCUUCCGGUUGUCAUGGCACAGACUUUGAUGUGGAGACCUGUUCUUCCGUAUUUGAGUGACUGGGGGGAGACUAAAUGUAUGAUCAGGAGCGGGAAUGCAUCGUUGGUUUACAGUCAGCAAAGGACGUUCUCGUGGGAUCAGAAUCGAUCUGAAGAGUAUCUGUUUGGUGAUGAGCUUCUCCGACAAGGUCUCAAGGAGGUUCUGGUAGCUUGGUUGCAUCGCUUUAAUUUGGUUAAUCUUGGAAAAGAUACUUGAGGGAUGUGUGGUCUGAGCGGUGAAUUUCCAAUAGGAAAUAUUGGCAUCUUGGCUUUAUCGUAAUGCAAGCGACCAUGUGAAACUCUUCUAUAAUUGUAUACUUCAGUCGGGAUUUCACGGUGUCCGCUGGAUCG